AAAACCUUAAUCCCGAUCAACGCCUCCCGCUUGCAAGGAUGAUCCAAUCAGACAAUCGCAUGAAAAUCAACAUCACCAAAAGUUUGUAAGCUGCCAAUUAUUUUUAGCACAAGCACCAGUCCACAUUCCGUUCACGCUCCUAGGCCUUGCCCUCUCCUCUUCCCCGUAUUUCUGUUUUCCAUUUGUUUACCAGCACUUGACACACACCAAAAGCGCCCCCGUAGACACAAUAAUGGCAAAGGAGGACAAGCGCAUAGAGGAGGCAGCGGUAGAUCAGUCUGCUGGUGUGGCCCCAGUUGACAAACCAGAAGCCGGCAGAAUUAAGAAGAGUGGAAAGAAGGGCAAAAAGUUUGCAACCAAGGUCAGCGGCAUCGAGGAGAUGCGGCUCGAGAAGAAGAUGAAGCGGCAGCAGGUUGUAAAGUCGUUGACAAAGGAAAAGGAGAAGAAGUCGAUGGAGCGCAAAAGCAAGAUCGGCCGGAAGCUGGCCAAAUUGCUGGAGAAGACGAUGCAGAAGCGGCGGGCGAAGAAGCAGGCCAAAAAGUCUCCGGGCAAGGCUGGGCUGUCCCGCACGCUCAGCGCAAUCAACCGGGAAUGGGACAGCGAUGAGAUUGCGUCCACACGCGCCGCGACCAACAAACCAGAGCCGGCAUCCGACCCGCAGCUCCAGGCGCUGCGGAUAGCUGGCGAUGAGUUUGAUCGUGCGCUGCAGGGCACCAGGAACAUCAUGGUGCUGUUCCAUACGCCGUCAUGUGUUUACUGCAAUAAAAUGGCGCCCGAGUACGGCAAACUGGCGGCCGGCUUCGAGGGCAGUCAUGACGUCAGGAUAGCGACAGUCGACUCGAGCCGCGAUCGCGAUCUGUCGCAUAAAUUCGACGUCCACGCCUACCCGACCAUUCUCCUGCUUGCCGACAAUGGCAAGCGCACAAUCAAGUACGACCGGUUGCGCACGGCGAAGGACAUGGCGUCGUUCAUCAAGGACAAGACCGGCGUGGCUAGCCCCAAGCCUGUAUGAUGUGUCUCUCAGAGCAUCAGUGAACCCGGCAGUAUCCGCAACCCAGGCUGUGAUGCGGUGAUCCGGGAAGGCACUGGGAGAUCACGGUGACGUGUCAACAACUGAUUCCACAAUUUGGCAAACGUUCUUUGCUUGGCCCGAUGUGCGACAGCGCGUCCAUUUUGCUGGUGCAGCUGCAGCUCGGCCUUUUCGCUUUUCUCUUCUCGAGUUUUUCUUUUGUUUUUUACUUGCAAACACAGAGAAGAAAUCGC